AUGGAGGAAAACGAAUCGACACAAUGCACUCAAGGAGUGGUCGAUCCAAGGCGUAUGGGCAGAAACAACUCUGGCUUGUCUGCAGAAGACGUGGCAGAUGUGAUGUGUAUCCUGCACCCAACAACGAUAGCCGCUUUCAAACUAGUAGCGGAAACUGCUGCGCGAGCUCCAGAGCACAUACUUCAAAAUGCCAACCUGGGCAGGCACGACUCGGACGUCACACCGAGCAUGGUGGAGGAGCAAGAGACUUUUGUGCUGAACGAUAACGCUUCCAAUCAGGCUCUGGACCUAGCGCUGCGCUUCUCGACAAGGACGAUUCAGCCCGCGCUUGGCUUUGUCUUUGGGCGAAACGCGGACCUAUGUGACAUCGCGGUCAACGGUGACGUCCAUAAACGGGUGAGCAAUUUGCAUUUCGCCGUCUACAUGAAUGACUCAGGCGUUCUCAUGCUUAAGGACAUGUCGACAAAUGGCACUAUGGUAGACGAUGUGCUACUCAAAGGGAAGAGCGACCAUCACCCGAAGUCUCGUAUGCUGAGCCAUGGCUCUAUCAUCGCCAUCAUCUCGUACAACAACGAUGAAAUACUCAAAUUUAUCGUGCGCMUUCCAUCCCGAGACGGCUUUCAAGCACAGUACGAGGCCCAAUACCGUCGCUAUAUGGCCAGGCAGUCUGCAGACGAGAUGAGGUACCGGCAGCGCAAGGGUGACGAGCUGCUGCUGAACCCAAGGCUCGCGCCAGCACACCCGAGGCAGCAGCACACGUCUGUCAAGGCCCCAAUGAUCCAGAAUCAGUACGGAAUGCACUGGAGCGGAGGCGACAAGUACAACGUCGUUGGCCAAAUUGGCAAAGGCGCCUUUGCCAGCGUAUACCAACUGGCGACCAAGAGAGACGGCCAGCUGUUUGCAGCCAAGGAACUUGAGAAGAGGAAGUUUAUCAAGAACGGGAUCCUCGACCGUAAGCUCGAGAAUGAAAUGCAGAUCAUGCAGUCCAUCAGCCACCCAAGCAUCGUGCAAUACUGCGAACACGAGGAUAUUCAAAACCAUCUGUACAUCAUCAUGGAGUUCGUUGCCUGCGGCGACUUGCAGCAGCAUCUGACCGAAUACGGACCUCUGUCAGAAUCCAUGGCUAAGCAAAUGGCCACACAGGUUUUUGAUGCCCUCCAUUAUUUACACAACAAGAGAAUCACGCAUCGAGAUAUCAAGCCCGACAAUAUACUCAUCGCGUCGCUAGAUGAUGAUAACUUCGUCAUCAAGCUCUCGGACUUUGGACUUUCUAAGGCUGUGAAGGACAACGACACUUUCCUCAAAACCUUCUGCGGUACGCUCCUUUACUGUGCGCCAGAAGUGUUUCCACAUUACGAUGCCCACGUCGCCGGUCAAGGAACAAAGCGGCCACGAAAGCAGAUGCCGCCGGCGAACAGGUUCCACAGCUACAGCCAGGCGGUUGACAUUUGGUCGUUCGGGGCGGUCUUGUGGUACUCUUUGUGUCAUAAGCCGCCUUUCGAGGGCGUUGCCGAUAACACCGGCCGCGGCAUGUUCGAUAAGAUUAUGAUGACACCUCUGGACGCGGCAGAUCUGACGAGGCAAGGGACUUCAGAAGAGGCUGUUGCCUUGCUGGUGCAGAUGCUUAAUACCGAUCCAGCGGCGCGACCAUCUGCCUUAUACUGCAUGCAACAUGAGUGGUUUGGACCUCACAAAGCAUCAGCAUUACGACGGGCAGCUUCCCCACGACAGGCUGGAUUGGGCAUGAUCGCAGAGGUCUCCGAGGCGGAACUAGGAGCUCGGGAGGAGUACGACGUCGCGGCGCUGAACAGUCAGUACAGCGAGGUCAGCUUGAACGAAUCGGAUUACAGCUUCUUUGAUCCACGUCAAUCCAAGCGCUUCAAAACGAACGACAUGGAUUAUCGCGAGCAGCACGGCGAUGUGAUGGAGUCGAGCGUGGAGCAGUGCCAAGCAAUACCGAUCAUCCUGGAGGAAUCAGAGCAGGAACAGGAACCGUCCCUGUCGGAAGAUGCGGCAAAGUCAAAGCCUCCAAAGCUGUUCGGUGAAAUCAGUCACUCUGACCUACCAGCCAUGCGUCAGAACAACAUUGGUGAAGAGGCAGCUCCGAACCAACUCAAGGAGCGUGAAGGUCGGCAUUUGUCCCAAGGCAGCCCGCGCAGCGGUCAAAUCGACUCGCUUAAGCCUUUGGAGGCGUCUCCAAGUCUGUUGGGGGCAGAAUCGUUGGUUCGGGACCUGAACAUGGAUUCCCCCUAUCCCAAUUCAUCCAAUGGCGAUGGCAGUGACCUUGGGUCUCGAAGCGAACCGACUUCACCUAAGACUCCGGGUAGCGUCGGGGAGCACCCAUCGCAGGAGAUGCCAGCUGUAUUGCCAGACAACACGCCUAAGCCGCCAGCGCCUGUGCCUUUCAGGCGCCGGAUAAACUUGCCGCUCCCUCCAUCUUUCUGGUGGGACCCGAAUGAUCCAAGCACGCACACGGUAGAGUACGCAUCAAAAGCCAGCGGGCAUGACUUCUCUGCCGAGCCUCUUUACAUUCCAAAGAGCACAUCGAUACCCACGACAAUCAGCAGACGCAGCGAAGCAGGCAGUGAAAGCGCAGCUGGGGUCGAUGUUCAAAAGGAAACUUCUUAUCCCGAGCUUUUAGCCAUCAGCGGUACCAGCAGCAAGCAGCAGAGUGCCAAUGCGCGAGCCUUGCCGAGCACCCGACCGCGAUUUGGUCGACUCGUGCCUACGGAUGACUCCUUCUCUCAAACCGUGAUCGAGCUGAACGCCGCUCGCACAAGUUGGGGACGUAGUCCGGAAAACACAGUGGUCUUCCCCAACAGGAACGACACCCGCGUUCCCAAACUCGGACUGUGGGUGUUUUUCCACGCGCCUGGAAUUGAAAAGGUGCCAGAAGGCGCCGACUUCACCCAUCUCCCUGGAUUGUACUGCGGAAUCCGUACGCACGCUAGCCGCGGCGUGCGCAUCAACGGCGUGCAGUUGACGGAAGGUGAGCACGGCAAAGGCAAUUACGGUCGGCUUCAUACUGGCGACCGUAUCGAGGUGUGGGCAGGUAGCCGUGACGGCAGUCCGGGCUUGACGUUUGCUGCUGAGAUAUUCUAUGGCGAGGGAGUGGCGCCCAGACCCGCAGACGCUCCCAAGUUCAAGGUUAUCCGGAAAGCAGGCAACAGCAGUGCUACAGCCUCUGUUGACGAGGAGACGGGAGGGCGUACGGCGUAA